AUGCCAGAGAUCAAUGAAGUUAAGUUUCCUUACCAGAAAAGGUGCAAUAAUAUGGUCUGCACCUGGAUAAUGCGUUCGCUUUCAUCCGAGAUUGCUCAGACUGUUCUCUGGGCGGGAACUGCAGAAAGAGUGUGGAAGACAUUGAAAUCGCGAUUUGGUGAGGCAGACAUAUUUCGCGUUUCGGACUUGCAUUCUGAGAUUCAUCAAAUUCGACAAGGGGAUCUCAACAUAGGAACAUACUUUGCUAAGUUGAAAGUCUUGUGGGAUGAACUUGAUAACCUAUCUGUCUUCUUGAGAGGACUCAAUGACAAUUAUGUAUCAGUCCAAUCGCAAAUUAUGAUGAUGAAGCCCUUGCCUUCUGUUGAUGAAGCCUUUUUGAUAGUCCAACAACAAGAAAGAAGGUUCAACAAUGGAAUGUUGAGCUCUCUCCCUCAAGUGGCAGAUAAUUUGAAUGCAGGGAGUGUGUUCUUGAGUCAAACUUCAGGGAACAAUUCUGGUUCCAAGAAGUUCUAUCCUAAUGGAAACAAGAAGCCCAUUUGCACCCACUGUGGAUUCACUGGGCAUACAGCUGAGAAGUGUUACAAAAAACACGGGCCCCGGGUGGAGGCCAAGAAACAGAAAUAUAGGGGCUGCAAAUCAGGUUCAAGUAAUAAAUCAGAAUCCACCAGAAGAACCUGUCUCACUAUCCCAGAGUGA